AUGGCAAGCAAGGACUCGCCCACAGAAAAGGGAGACGAUGAGUUACCGAGCGAACGCUUUCUGUGGCAUUCACGUAAGGGAAGUAUCAGAAAGCAUCAAGAAAACGGCAUGGAUUUGGAUGAGGCCACACGGUUUCACCUGAUGCACCACGCGGAGACAGCGGAUCCUGGGUUUGGGCCAUUUGUAAAUGACACUGACAGUGAUCUGUCGUCCGACGAGUGA